AUGGCAAGCAAUUGUGGGCGAAAUCGAGAGAACGUCUUUGGAUUACGCCGGCUUUUGACGGUUACCCUUAUUGCUUUUGUAUUUGCUCUGGCGUGCUUGGUAGACAAAACGGAAUCUUCCAGGGAGACCAAAGGCUUGAGAAGUUCGAGAUCAAGUAAGGAAAAGGUAAGUGGGAUGUUUCGGAUUUCCUUUAAGCAAACUUGAGUUAUGGCACCGCUACACUUCAACGAUGUCUUCAUUGACUUACCUUGUGCUUGUGUCACCUCGAAGAAGGCGUGCGAGACCAAGCUUUACCAAAUGCUCAGUGAUUAUGAGUUCUUCUGCAUAGCUUGUAUAAUAAUUCCCACAUGAUAGCCUUCUUUAUCUGCGAUCAAAGUGAAAGCAAAACUUAUUUACUCAAGGAAAGAUUGGUUUAUUUAUUUAUUAUUGGCAAUCGCAGAGAUCAUUAGCUGUCACAUGAGUCAUAGCAAUUACAGAACAUCGCUGGGGCGCAGGCUGCCCCUGUAACUGACAUUUCAUUUCACGACAAGACUCGAAGUUGCCAGAUGUGUUAAAGAUAGCCACCCGGGCGCUAACCCUGAAUUGGUCAUGAUGAUUUCACAUAUGGGGAGAUGGAAAUGUCACGCGCAAAAAUAGGAGUUAGCUCAUUUGAAAUUUAUUGAUCUUGCCUCUGGCAGUGCUACCCACGACUUAAACAGCCAUUUAUGAACAUUUCCCCCCAACAAAAUAAACUUGUUUUUUUAAUGGGCGCCAUUGGCGAUAUUGCGGAUGUGGUAAGACAGAUUGAUCAAUAUUAAUAGAACUUAAUUCCGUUAUAUUAUUUUAACAUAAUAAGGUUUAAUAUCACUUUGUUGUCCUUAUUUUACUGAAAUUCCGAUGAAAAUUCAAAAUAUCUCACAUUUUUUGGAUCACCGAGUUGUUUUAAAGAGCUGUCUGAAAUGCGAUAAAUGAUUAUAGUCCGGUUGCACCAAAAAAAGACCUGAAAGACCAUAAAAAUAAUUGAUAAACAUAUCUACGAUUGUAAACACACUGAGCUAAAACCUUGAGCAUAUAAACUAAGGAAAGAGUGCAACUCGACUUUGUCCUUUAUAAACCAAGGGCACUCCUUUUCUAGCUUGAAAAGAGACUUAUUUUAUUGUCGUGAAACGAAAAACGAAACGUGUUAACUAGAACAGCCAUUUUACGGGUCCAGGCUUUAAAGAGUUUCUAUUUUGCCAAAAAUCCUCCUCUCUUGAUUUAAUUCAACAAAGCGUUAAUUGGUCUCUCAAAUAGGGAGGGAUAUGUGUGUAUCAAGAACACUGAGCCACGUGUCAACUACACAACGUCUGAAGAACGCCAGGGGAGUGACAUGACAGCACUAUUAACUCAUGACCAUUGUAAAAGAAGUCUUUUUAUAAGUGUGUUUAAGUGUUGAGGAAGCACGUCUUUAGUCUCUUUUGUCUUACGUGGACCGUUUCUGCAAAGUAAAACUCAGAUUAAAAAAGAACUUUUUCAACAAAAGAACACAAAGAAAACUAUUAUGAUUAUUUUUUGGUGAUUUUAUUUCUCGGGAUAACAUUGUCAGAACUUUAAAAAGUUAACCUAACUUGUUCACGUUGCAAUUCGUUUCUUCGACCGUAGAAAAACAUGAAACUGAGUUUAUGUUUACUUUGUUGGAAAUGCAUGUUUGGAUUUCCACAAAUCAUUGAUAUGCCAUCUCUUCGUCCUCUUCGUCCACUAAGAGAUUCUCACUGUCUUUUCUUUUUAUUUUCAUGUCGUUUUACUUAGGAGAAAUGCCAAGUUGAGAAAGAUGGUGAAGGAAUGUACUUUUUGCGAUGUUUUAAUCCGUCUGCAGAAAAUGGAAAAAAUGGCAAAAACAGAAAAUCAGAAUCGGGAGAAAGUAAACGAAACAAAGUAAGUGGUUAAAAAAACAAUAGGGACUUUAAGAUCCAACGACAGUAACAAGAACGCUUAAAAAUGAAAGCGUUUUUUCAGUCUUUUACCGAUUACUUUGUCAUUAUAUACUUUGUCAAUUGUAGGGGAACCCUCCUGAAUUUCAAGGGGCUGAAAAGUCCUCCAUCAUUUUAUUCUUUGGUUUGAUUAUUAAAAAACGUUUUCGUUGUUGUCCCCGUUGGAUCUUAAAGAAACUUGGUCAAAACUUGGGAAAUGGAAAAGUUCCAAUCCUAGAAAGUUCUGCCUUGUUCUUUCGCAGAUCGGUAUAUCUCGUUGAAAAGGCAAUUUAAAAUUCAAUCUAUCAAUCUUUUGUCAGGUUAUAUAGGCUUAGUUCUAGAUAGAGUGUUUCAUCUUUCAUAACAAUGAUAUUAAAAAGAACUGUGCUUUAUAAUACGACAUUGUGGCCAGCAGUUCAGGCUCGGAAUUGUCACGCAACAAUUUUUAGAAACAUAUAAUUAUCAAUCUGGUAAACUAAGUAAACGUAUAAAAUUUUGCGCACUGUUGAUAUUGGCGUUGUGCUGUCUAAGAACAUGUAAGAAGUAUAUUGUUUAAAUGCGAGAAUGAGUUAACUUAAAGUCUAACAGAACAAAUACAAAUCAUGUCAGGUUGCUGCUACCCUUUUUCCGAUGAAAUUGUAACACGUAGAACCAAGAGCAUUUUUCAAAAUUCCGGCGCUUUCAUGGAAAGGUGGUUUUAAAACAUUUAACGGUUAGUUUCUGUUCGGGUGUACGUAUCGGGAUUUUAAGGGUGCGCUUGUUUCAGUUUUCCUGAUAGUGAGAAUCUGAAACCGCUUUCAUACAAAAAAAUCCGAGACACCUUAGCUUGACCCUUUUCAAAUCUGGCAAGGAUGCUAGAUGAAGUCUUUCAACAUUGUCCUCUCUGUUACAUGUACUCUAUCUGUUCCACUCCGGUAAACAAAUGUAACCAGGUUUCACGGUUUCGUCAGUAGACAAUGGCACUAAUUCAACCUGUUAGCGGCAUCUUUUAAAUUUCAGAUUGAUUUAUACGUUUGCAGACUUCUUUUUUGGUUUUAAUUUCAAACCCUCGAGCAUUUCACAGCAUGCAGAAAUUCACACCGUUUCACUAAUUAAUUCUAGCCGAUUAGAGUCUUCGGCAGUAAUUUUGCUCGGCAACAAAAACUACAAACGCUACCGACUUUUCAAUUUUAAUGCCCUUUCCGCAUGGUUCAAAAAUAAGGCAGUAGUUUCCAUAUUUUUUAUUCAAGAUGACGAAGAAAAUAGUGUCAGGUCUUGGUGAUCUCCUAUAUACUUGUUUUCAACAAUAAACUUCUCUCUUCGGCGUCCAUGCAUGUAACCUUUAAAAUGUCUUUUUUGCCGGAAAAAAAUGUCAUUGUCGCUUUGAAGCAGUUGAAAAUCAUUUUAAACCGAUUUAGAUUCGUUUUAGGAAUUCUUGGCAAAUUUGUUCUAACCUAAGAGUGUUGUUUUCAUUCUGAUGCUAACGCGCGCUGUAAACGGAAAUUUUGCCGUGUUUUUCUUCCACUCAUGUCAGCGGCUUGAUGUUUUGUUCAAGGAUUUUGGUAGGCUAAAUACAGGCUGGCAAGCGUAAGGUUUUCACAAACUAGUGCCUUAAGCUAGGAACAUGUGUCUUCUCUGGAAAUCCAAACUAUGGACGGAAUUUUUGAAGUUGCCUACUGAUAAAAGAAUCGCUACUAUUUUGAUUUUUUCAAUGUCUGUGUGCGCACCUGCACAAACUUUUUUAUGAAAUAUGCAACAGUUAGUCAUGUAUUCGGCUAAAUUAGUAAGAAGUCUUGAUUUAAAUGUCACCAUGUCGAUUCUACUUAGCGCUAUGUUUUUUUAUUUCUGAUGACCUAUCGGGUUUUCGCAAGUCGUCGUUUUUCUCAAUCCAUCCCCAUGAAAUCAAUGCGUGGCAUAAAUAAAUAAAAUAAAUAAAUCACUUAACGACUAACUUUUUUCUUUUAUACCAUUCCUGAUCGAACCAAAAGUUAAGACUUGUUGGUUUUUGAGGAGAUGGGAAAACUGGAGAAAAACCUUUUGUAGCAAAGGACGGCAAUCACUCAACACAAACUCAACCCACAAAGACACGUUGAAUAACUCGGUCUAAAAGGGCCUAAAGGUCUUCUAAAGGAGGAAGUGACCAGCUCGUUCCUUUACACAUUUUAUACGGCUUGGAAAAUGAUCUUCUUGAAGCCGUACGUAGCUAGGAUGUGAGCCCUCAUAAAAGGAUGGAUGUCUGACUUUGCUGACGUAUAGUGGUGUAAUUCUUUCAUUCCGAGACUACUUUACGGCGAGGUUGCCCGUCAAUCUAACUUUUUAACAUAGAACAAUACUCAUUUCUAAGGACUUUACAAAAAAAAAUUUGAAUUUAUUUUUGUUUUCUGUCUCUCCUUUGGUCGCCAUUAGAAGUGUAAGGCCCAGGGCAAACCGGUCGAACUUCUCGUGAGAUGAAUCAAACUCUAAUUUGUAAAUUGGGUCGACCUAACUUAAGUUAAGAUCGUGUGCUGGGUCAGAAGUCGAACUUAGCACGCAUCCAACCAAUUAUUAGUUUAGUUCGUUGCAUGCGAGGGUCGACGUUUGUCCGGGAGACGAUCUUCAGACGUUCUAUUCGUCUGAAGCAGAUGGAUAGAACGUGUUGGACGAUCCAAACUUAUUCAGACGAACUUAACUGAGCCAGACGUCGAAGUAUUCAUGACCUUAACUCUUUCGUCUCUUGAAAGUUCGACGUGUGGCCUAGGCCUAACUGUUAAAAUAUGGUCUUUCCUGACAUGAUCGAUAUCAGUGCAGAUACCUUUGUGGGCACUUAACAAGAGAACUCAAUACGCUGUUUCUUUCGAUAUAGCAUCGUAGACGAAUUAGCCUCGUGGCCCCUUUAUCAGAUACUGUUAAAAGAGAAGCAGAGAGGAUUGUUGAACUUACUGAGUAUGCCAAUUAUGUUAGUAGUUAAAUGACAAUGCCAUUUUUCCUUCGUACGUCACAUAUGCAGGGAAGGUGGAUCUACGCAUGGACAACUGAAAUCUAUAAUAUCUACUUAUUUACCGCCUAAAGCAAAGGUGGCCAUGAUUUCCAUUUUCGCGUAAUUUUUAAGUGCGUACCUCAAAAGCCACAAAGGCCAUCAAUGUCAGACGUACAAACAUCGCCUCUAUUUCAUUUACGGGCGUAAAAUUUACUUAAAUUUACACGACUUUGGAAACCCAUUUUUACUAUCUUCUACGCCCCAAAGCUUUUCCCUCGUUUUGCGCAAGUCUGGCCCGCAGAAUGCUCCCUUGCGCAGGACGCAUGCGCAUAAGUUUUUUUUAGUAACAGACGCAUGCGCAGCUUAAAUUACAAGAGUCAAAAGCCUAAGCUUUGGGGUUAAGAUUUGAUUAUGCAGUGCUUUUACAACGUACAGUCUGGUUUUCAGCAUUUCACAAAAUAAAAUUUGUCUUGUUUUGACUUUGGGUGGCCAAAGAUGGGAGUGAAUGGGUUGAUGGCCUUGAAGCUAACCAGAAAGGAGAUCCCAGAAAUACUAAAAAUCGCUUCAAUUAAAGUACACAUUAACUAGAGAAGGCGCGUAAUAUACUGUAUAGAGAACGACGAACUCAUCCUAUUUUUUAUAACAUUAAUUAGGCCCUGUUCAAACGUUGAUCGUUUCAUGUACCGAACUUAAUAGCUAUUUAGGUCGACCCAAAUGAUAUAAGUUCGACGGUUGAUUCAGACCGAUGUCGAACUUAAUUAUGCAGACUCAAUGGUCGAUUGUCUUAAAUGCUUACAAGUGAAAAUAAAUUUUAGUACUUUAUGCGUUAGGUGCGGCACGUGAGAAGUUCGACGUUUGAAACGAAGUCCCUCCACAGUCAAAAUUCCCAUGUGGACCAUUAAUAUUCGAUCUUAAUUCAUGGGUCGACCCAAAUUAGAUGUGUCGAUUUUAAUUGAUUCAAACGUCGAUCUUCUCAGGGAUUAGGUUCGGUACAUGAAAAGAUCGACGUUUGAACUGGGCCUUAUGAAAACACAAAUUUGUCUGCAUGAAACAACGUCUUGGAGGCUGCCUCAUCAAUACAGGCAGACGAGGAUGCUGAGCUUGCUGGGUAGUGAUCAAAUAUGGAAAUGUUUGUUCACUUAGACCUUCCGGCACUCGGUUUAUCUUAAUAUGAUGAAUGGUCCAGUAAUGUUAACUUGAAGCAAGGAACGAAAUUAAAAAUCGCGAAAUUUUUGAUCCAACGAAACGAACAGCUCCGGUUUUAGAGUGGCAGUGAUCGUUCGAUCCCUCUAAUUCCACCUCUACUAAGUGGAAAACAUCUUAAAUAAUGCAGGCACUUCAAAUCAGACAGAGUUUCGACUAAAUAAACAACAAAACGACUUAUAUUGAUUCUUAAGAAAAUAGAACACCCACUCUUAAAUAUAAGACCAUGGACUUUAAGUGGAAUGUAAUCUAUGUAGAGCUUGUUAUUGUCUAAAGUUUGUUUCAGCUAUUUUGUCGGUUUGCUUUUGUUCCUUUGACAUUGUUGUUUGUAACAAGUACAAGAUCUUCGCUGUUGCGUAUAUAGUUUUGCUCCUAUGAGGAAAUCAUUUGUUUAUUUUCUGUUGUUUUUAAUAUGCGGUUGGAAUUAUGGCUUCCGGUUAUUUAUGACAUGAUGAAAAAAAAACCCUGAAAGAGUAGUUUAAGCUGAAGAUUUGCAUUAAAGAAAACAUGUUCAAUAACGGACAAAAUCUCAUUUCUCGUCGAUGCGAAAGCCGCUUAACAAUGAUAUAACAUUAAAGAGAACCAGUUCAAGUUUCAUAGAAAGGUCAAAGGUAUAUACAAAUUUCUGUUUUACAGACAUUUACCAAUUAAAAAAAGAGUAAUGUGCACUAGAACACAAGGCAAAGAUUUUGUUAUUACUUUAGACCUUUGCUCCGCUUUUUUUAGUGAUGUCAAGUUUCUUUAUGGGAAGCCUCUGAUGUCAAACGGAGGAAACCGAUCGAUUUAAGAUGUUUCCAAAGUAAUCCGUAGGGAAAUGCGUCGCUCCUUUGAACUCCCAAAACCCCUCUUAAAAAUACGCUUAAUUACGUCGGUUAAGAACUUCACUAUUUCAGCUGGAAGUAUUUGAAUUUUCCUCGGUAUCAAACCAAAUUUUAGGAGUCAGCUGUAAUUCAUGACAAUUCCAAAGGAGCACCUGAUCAAGGGGUUUUUGUUUUUAAAACAUGUCGCUAGGCGUUCUACACUGACUGCACUGUUCUCCCAUGUUAUUGUAAUGGCUUUCAAGGCCUGGUUGAUCUACAUAUAGCUUAGUAAUACAGUUUGCCGUUCUAGAAUGUUUUAGCUGAAUAUAUCACCAGGGGAAAAAGGAAACUUAUCCCCUCAAUUAUAUGAUUCUUUGCCCUUUCCGGAAAUCACUUCUGACCCCGUGACAUUCAAACCGUGCAUUCGUAUCGACUUCUAGGCGCUCUCAAAGAAUUAUGAAUUCUCGGACUGACACGCAAGCCAUGGCAAACAGUCUUUUGUCAAAAAGCAUUAAAAUGGAAAUAAAGAGGAAUUGGAAUUACCCCCUUAGAGAGUUGAAUUGCUGUGUAUAAGCUAUUAGGUCAUCGGUCCGAAAAUUAUGGUCAUUUGAUGCACAUCUUUGGGUCCUUAUUUAAUCAGUGACAUGUUAAAAUGAUGUUAUUUGGUUUCAAGAGAAAAAAUCGCAAAAUAAAGUUGAGUCCGCGGAAUUGCGAAUUUAUUCAGUACUUGCGGUUCUUUCAAGCACAUCACCAAAUAUAGAAAAAAAAUCAGUGGUUAAUUUUAGACGUAUUGUAAUUCCUAAGUACACCUCUCAGUACUUAUCUUCCUUCUAGGUUGUCAAUUUGGUGUAAUUUAAUGAAACAAGGGCGUUAACCUCGUUAAAUUUUUAGACUUUUCUUUUUCGGAACGCACGCAAUCUUGAACUGACCUAUGCAUCUUAACUAAUGCCGUAGAAACUGGCACAGGUUACAAGCAAAUUAGUUUCACUGUAGUUAGUUAUGAGAACAGAAAGGUCAGGGUAACAUGGUAACUUCACGGUCCACGCACAGGAAUCUUCAAAAAAUAUAUUUAUUGAUAGGUAGAUCAAUUAGAUUUUAGGUCGCUCAGAACCAACCCGGAACAAAAAAAAAGCCAUAACAUAACAUGAUCUAUUUAGCCUCGAGACAAGAUGCAUGCAGUAAUUUUGAGACCUUCAAACUAGACAACCUUUUCACAGGGAAGCUUUUUUACUACUAACUAUUAAAAUUUUGUCUAUUUUUUACGUCUAGUGACUGAAACGUUUAACGCUAUUAAGACUCUCGUAAAGUGACGCGUGGCAUAUGCAAAGAGAGAUGUUGUAGAAUUGUGUGGUCCCAGUACAAUGCGUUGCAUUUUUGAGAAAUAGGAAAUUGUCAUCGCUUUUUAAACUGUGUGACAGUAAGGCUCUGUAGCUAUAGUGCAUGAAUAGCAGGAAAAAAUACCCCACAACCUCAAAAAUUGCGAGGAAUUUAAUCAGAAUGAUCUCGAAGACUACAAAUAGUAUACGUAAAUAGUGUUACCAUUUAAUUACGGAUUCUGUCAGCCCCCAAAUUGACUUUGUUUCCCCUCACGAUAAAUUAUAGACAGUGCAAGGCAUGAAACUAUCAGUAACACACUUGUUUAACCAUUUAAUAGCUUCAAGAUUUUUCCCCUCGAUUUUCACGCACUCUACUGCGGAUCUUAAGGCCCGAAGGGUGAAACAUAUGCAGGUGUACUGAAGUUGUGUGGGCUUUUCUCGCUUGUCGGUCAUCACCCCAUGUAGCCAUCAAUCAAAUGCCCAUCAGUCAGUUGUAGAUCGGAAGAGGAGGUUAUUUUUCAGCCAAAUUUCAUUAUCGGUACUUCAACGAACGUACGUCUUCAGCUUCCAAGUCACGAUAGCUUUUGAAAAGACUGAAUAAUAGAAAUAUGUUGUAUUUCCUUUCAACUUGUAUAUUGAUUCUGAUAACGAUCUUAAAUACUUAGAGGUAAAACACAAACAUGUAUGUAUUGUUAAAUGCUAUUUGAAUAAUAAGCUUGUCAUCCUAGAAGAAAGUAACUAUUAUUCAUUUGAAUUGUCAAACUAAAACAUGUUAAAAGCCAUAAAAUUUCUUCAAUUAACUAAUGCAGGGCUGUGUUAGCUUCCAGAUCUAGCAUUACCAUUUGUUUGUUAAUCAUAGGGAUGGGAAAGAAUGGUGGGCAAAUAUUUGCAUUUUUGAAGGAUGGUGGAGAACGGGUCACGGUUGAUGAGGCCAAAUAGCGAGAUGGUUAAACUACUUUGAUUUUCAUCUGCUUGUCUUUCUACUCAGCAUCCAUUCAUUUUCAAUUAAGAUUAAUAUGGGCGUAAGGGAUGGUUUACAGCACAGGCAGCCCAAGCUCACCAGGAGAAUGGCAUAUAAACCGCACUGUAGUAAGCAAAAUUACGAGUUUGAAUACAAUAGUGUUUAGUGAUUCGACCUGCGUUUGCUGUACGUAUACAGUAACGUUCAUUAUCGUGACGAUGCUACACUUCCACAAUGAUGAAGGUCGACAAAUGCUAUUACAAUAGACAAAAUCGCUUUGAAUUUCCACCCUAAUAUUCAGAGGUCAUAGACCUUCUUCAAACUUGUUUCCUGCAUGCCAAAUCCUAUUUUAAGCUCCUCAAGAGGCCUCUUAAAUAAAAUUGGCCUUUCCUGUCAUGUGCCCUUAACUUGACCCACACACCUGAGUCUUUGCCAUCAAACACGGCAGGCUGCCACUUUGUUUACUUUUCAUCGCUUUUCAUCAUGUGGGAGGAAAAGAAGUCGCUUUUUCUCUCGUCCGCCGAAUACCAGGGAAAAGAAGCCUCUGCAAGCCAAGGCAAUUUGGGGGCACUUGACUGCUGCCGUCUAUUUAUCUUGUAAUGCAAAUUAAUGUGUAAAAUGAGAAUGGCAAAGAAAGUUUACUGAUCUAGAUCCGAGAGUUCCUGCAUCACUUAUCGGUUUGUGGUUGUGGUUUUUGAGGCUCUUAAACUCUUAAAUAUUUUGAGUAUGAUCGUUUAUGUCUUGUUGCUCAAUUUAUCCUUGGUUUUAAAAAAUCCUAUUACCUUUUUUGUAAUUAUGGUAGUGUCUGAUGGUGAGCUUGAAACAAAGGAAAACAAAAUUCAAACAAAAGGGAACAAAUAGGCCAUUUGCACUAAGAGGUCAUGUGACAUCGUUUUUACAACAAUGAAAGUUAUAUGAUUUUGCCCUCGAAAAACGAUAAGUGGGUCAUAUCUUAAACAAAAUAAUGGUGAUUUGGUUUUUCAAACCCGCACCAUCUUCUUAAAAUGAGUAAGUUCGUAGCUGGUCCUGUGACCAAAAUAUGAUUUAUGAAUUACCUCUUUCUGAACACAAAUUUUGCACUUAAACUUCAAGGAAAAUGUUGAAAGAUGAUGUGGUAACGUUUACGGUACAUCUGAGCGUAACUAUCAAACGUUUAACAAGAUAUCAGCGAAAAGUAGUUUUGUCCGUCAUGUUGGAGGGCAAGAGUACGCCCUCCAACAUGGCGGCCAAUACAAAUCAUACUACUUUGUUGAAAAAUCAAAGUGCCAUAAAAUAUCUCCCUUAAAUGCGUUUCCUCUCAAAUUUCGGGUGUAAGAUAAUUUUUACGUGCUCUGUCAAUUUUUGGCAUCAGCAAGAUUCCAACUCAUUGUUUAAACUAAGCAUUGGUCACGUGACCUCUAAGUGAAAGUGGCCAAUUAAACCACAGCAUCUACUUUCAUGAUCCCGUUACAGUUUUGAAAUUAUGGUUUAUUUUUUUCUGUUAGUGCUCGAGUGAAUGUCGUGGACUAAGACGAGGUCAAAACCACAACACCACAACAUCUACUUUCAUAACCCUUACGAGUUUUUAAUUAAUUGUUUAUUUUUUCUGUUAGUGCACGAGUGAAUGUCGUGGAAGACGAGGUCAAAGAGGCCAGCGAGGAAAAUCUGGAUCCAAAGGUCCGCGGGGCCCAAAAGGAAUUCCGGUGAGUUUCGCCUGUAAAAGUGUACUCUCUCCUAUUCCAGAAAGUGCCGUAAAGAAAGAGAACGUGGUAUAAAUGUGCGACUCCUUCCUCCCGCUCGUGCACUCUUCCCUUCUUUCCAGCCUCUGCGCAUUUUUAAGCCUUUCUAGGCCCAGCGGAAGUAGAGAGGGGUGUGCAAAGGACGAGGCUCGAAAAGCGAUCAACUUUAGUUUUCCCGGUAUUGCUGUUGCUCUCUUCUUUUAGAGAAGAAACGGUAAAAAAAAAAGGCUCACUACAAGCCACGCGAGGCUCACAGGGCUGAAGCUUGUCCCAAGUUUCUAUAGUGUGAAGCAAUAUCGGGAAAACUAAAGUCGAUCGCUUUUCGAGCCUCAUCGCAAAGGCUUCUCAGGGAAAGAGUUAGCGGGUGGCUACUGUUUAGAGAUGGACGUUGAAAAGAGAGAUCAGAGCAAGAGUGAAUGAUGUAUGUACUGUCCGCUAAAAACGGGAAUUUCGGAAAGGUUGAGUUGGCUGUCAGUGGAGGUUCGACUGUAGUUAUUUCUUCUGUAGUUAAUUUACACUUCUUAAAGUAGCGGGAUUUAUUUGUGCAUGUUUCAUUACUGAUACACUUAAGUGAAGAGAGCUACGGUUGAGAAAAGUUUCCCGUCUAAUGAAAUAUCCAUCUUGUUGGCAAGGCUUGACUGAUCCGGAUCUACACAUCUUAAGUUGGACGUAUUAACAGUUCAGUCACCACGCCUUUACCAUGUUAAAGAAAGACCAGCUAAGUAAUUUUUUUCUUUCGUUAAUUUAGGGAAGGAACGGGUUGGACGGAGUUCCUGGACUCAGGGGCCCGGUAAGUUAAGAUGAACAUAAUCUUGUUUUGAUAAAAUUUUAUCGUUGUAUAAAGACCUUUGCAUUUAUGCAUCGCUUAAGUAUAAGCCCUAAAUCGCCAAGAUCAGUGAAGUAGCAUCUUCGAACCAGUGUCGCAGAUUGUUUGAGGUGGCUAAGGUCCCACAACAUUUUUUCUUUGCAAUCAUGAAUCGAAUACUAGAAACAAUAAUGUUCUGUGAACCCUCAACCGCCGCCCGGUUAGCUCAAUGAGAUAAGCGCCGGUCUGCUGAGCGGGAGGACGCGACCUCGGCCGGACCAACACUCAGAUUCUUUAAAUAACAGAGGAGAAAGUGCUGCCUUUGUAAUAACAUCUGCAAACGGUUAGACUUUCUAGUCUUCUCGGAUAAGGACGAUAAACCGUAGGCCCCGUCUCACAAGCCCUUACACAUGUAAUAAUUCUGUGGGACGUUAAAGAACCCACACACUCUUUGUAAAGAGUAGGGCACGUAGUGCCCGGUGUACUGGUCUGUCUCACUUUCACACUGAUGUAUGGGGGCAUCAUUACUCAUUCCUUCAUUACUUGUCAACUGCACCUAAGCAGUCUGGCAAAGUCCCCCAACAAGUGUUGUGAAUUAUCUCUGAAAAGCCCUGAGGGGAGUGGAUAAUAAGAUAUUUACAAUUUACAAUUUACAAGUCGGCCCCAUCACCGUCAAGUCAGCUUUUGGCCAUGGUGGGGCCCAAAAUGAAAAAACUCCAGGGGCGGGGCUUACCAAAAGUCAGAAUGGCCACCCGGACUGGUCAUCUUGAAAAUGAAACAAUCUUAUUUCGAGAGUUUUUGCUGGAACCCAGCAACACUUGCCACUCAUAGUAUUUGGAAAAAGACUGAUAUUGUUUCAAAGUUCUGAUUAAAAUUGAAUUUUGGCCUGGCAGGGCAGGUAAUCACCCCAUGGAGACUUGGCUUGGAAUUGUCCUGUUCGUAGUUCGGCGACUUAAGUUGAUUUCAUGAUGCACUAUGGACACUAACAUUUCCUUUUUCGCUUAAGCCAGGACAAAUGGGAGAAAAAGGAUUACAAGGACCCUCUGGACUUCAGGGUCUGCAAGGGCUAAAAGGAGAAGCGGUAGGACUUGGUUUUAUGGUCAUAUAAUAUUUAACACGCUUGAUUUCCAUGGCCCUGAUCAUGAUUAUUGCUGCAAUAUGGUUUGCCUUUUGUCCGAUAAUAGUCCACUGCGAAUAAGACCUUGAUAUUUUUUAGGUACCGUUUGCAGCGUUCAACGGAAACAGUAUAGUGUCCGAUAGCCUGGGGCUUAUGGAUUUUGCUAUCGGUUUGUAUUCUGUUCUUAGCAUGCCCGACGGUUUCUUGGGGCCUUCAAAUUACAGAAGAACUUUAAUCAACACUGCUCAUCACAAAUGUUUUUCAGGCUAGUUGAAAUGACUUUUGGGCUAGUACAUGUUAGCUACAGCUUGUCUGAAUGACAAGCUGUAAAAAUUACUUUCUUUGCAUCGUGGUUUUGAGUAGUGCCCUCCUGCAAGCUUGAUUGUUCCAGUCAUUUGUUCUCAGGAUGAGCUCCAUGUGCUGUACGUCAGUUUCUCCACCAUCUGAAUAAAAUACUUGGAUUUAGAGGUGUUUUCACCUCAGAACACCCAUUUAGACAGUUACCUUUUAUUUCUUUUAGGGACCUCCAGGACCCUCAGGAAAUCCAGGACCGCCUGGCUUGCCGGGGGGCUGUGCAAAGGCAUCACGAUUGGGGACAAGUACUUCGGCCCCUACAGUACAUUGCUUACCUGGUAAAGAGGGUCCUAAAGGACCCAAAGGGGACGUAGGGGAGCCUGGUGCACCUGGUCCUGCAGGACCCCGGGGAUUUAAAGGCUCAAGAGGGAUCAAAGGAGAUACCGGCUCUCGUGGAAGGAAAGGGGACCAAGGACCUCCCGGUGAUUUUACCGGUCUAGAAUGCUAUCCCCGAUACACAGACUGGGUAAACAAGGUUGACUGGUUCAGGGACCAUCCUGAGAUUCACUGUGAUAGAAGAGAAUUCCUCCAAGGAUUUAGCCUCCAAAAAAUUAAAGCUCGAGCCGGCCAGGGGAGAUACAAAUACACUUGCUGUUCAUUAAGACUAGCUAAUACGCCUUGA